CUGAGGGUUCAUCGAGACUCUUAUAGAAUUGCUGGGAAGACGCGCCUUGGUUUCGUAGACAGCGUAGCAAAUAACUCGAAUCAACCUCGACGGGCCCCAAGAAUAGACAUUUAAGUGCCCAUCGAGUUGACAAUCGAGAAUUAUCCCCUGCCUAGGUCUCUACCUCGAGCCACAACCGGCAAGUGUCGCUGCUCUGCUUGGCUCAGGACGAGCGAUAUAUUAGUCGUCGCUUUGAGCAUAUCGUCGGAGCUUCUGCCCAGAGACCUGCGAUUGAUUCCACACCACUGAGCCAGUGAACAACAACAACAACAACAACAACACCCCUGAGCCCAAAUCCAGUCCCAAACCCCAAAGUCAUGCCGUCCACCAUCUACCUCGUCCGCCACGCCGAGUCGGCCCACAACGCGUCCAAGGACUUCAGCCUGCGCGACCCGGGGCUGACGGAAGCCGGGCUGGCGCAAGCAUCAUCGCUCGCGGCUUCGUUCCCGGCGCUGUCGUCGGUAGCGGCAGUCCUGGCGUCGCCGCUGACGCGCACGCUCGAGACGGCACUAGCAGGGUUCGGUGCGAUUCUCGUCAGCAGCAAGCACGGCGGCGGCGGCAGCGCAAACCUGAUCCUCGACCCGGACCUGCAGGAGCGCAGCGACCUGCCGUGCGACACGGGGUCUGACGCCGCGAGCCUCAAGGUCCGGUUCCCCGCGCUGGAUUUCAGUGCCCUGCCGCCGCAGUGGUUCGUCAAGGAGGGCGCGAACGCGGCGGACAUCGACGCUGUCAAGGCGCGCGCGCAGGCCGUGCGGCAGCGGAUCGGCCAGCUGGUGCGCGCGCUGGAGGAGCGGCACGGUGGGGGCCGGCAGGACGUCGUUGUGGUGACGCACGGCGUGUUUAUGAAGUUCUUGGCUGAAGAUGGGUCGAUUGAUUUGCCCAAGGCCGGGUGGAAGGCAUUCAGGAUUGGUGAGAGGGAAGAGUGUGGCGUCGCGCUUGUUCCUGUGGAGUGAGGCGAGGUGCAUAUUGGAGUAGGGGUUGAGGGGGGAAGUGGUUGCUUGAUGACGAUUCUAGGGACACCGAUCUAGCAAGAGAAAGGGUUGCGACUAAGGGGUCUUUUUCAUGUUUAUACUUGAGUUGCGUUGGAAUGAUUAGAGUCACUGGCAUUUCGAGCUGGGGCAAUUCAACAACACGGACUAUCUGAGUACCUUGUAUUUGAUGGGCUCGACGCAUGGCAAUAUCAGGUAAUAACCGUCCAUGCCUGUUAGACAAAGUUUAGCUACCUCAUUACCGC